UGAGUCGUUUGUGUCAAAGUAUUUUUUCUAUAAUUGAAAUGGAUUCAAGCUCAGUUUAUUUGAGAGUUUUAUGCGUAAAGUUCGAGUUCGGAGUGCCUUUAGAAGACAUUUGUUGUGAAGGCAAAAUCCACUACAAACUAAACUCACUACUUGCAGAUGCUAUUACAGCUAAAAAACGUUCACGUGAGCGGCCAGAAAAAUUUUUGAGGUCAAAUGAUCAUAACGUAGAAGAAUGCCGUGACCUGAAAGAGGCGUUGUUAUCUUCUUUCGACCUAAUCAAAUUGUACGAUCCGAAAACUUACUGCCACGUUAUUCGCGAAUUUUUGAAUCAGUUGCCGAUCUCGUUAUUCCCAAUUUGCCAUUCAGAAUACCAAUUUAGAUGGAUGGAACUGACUCAGUCAUGUCGCAACAUGAUUACGAGAAGAAGCCAUAACAAAUACGACAAAUUCGAUCGACUAAUUGCAGAGAGAGUGAGUUUGUUACCUUUGGCUCACUUUGCCUUUUUACACGUUUUUAUGGAAUUUAUUUUAAGCUACUGUAAAGAUUCAGAAAACUUUAUAACUAGCAUGUCAGUGCGAAGUGUUGUUAGUUAUUUUACUCCUUCCAUUUUUCACAUCCAGGAACCUUCGGACAUUAAAAUGUAUUUUAAAUUGAUAAAGUACUUGAUCGUUCGCUGGAAUCACAUGAAAAAAUAUUUAUGUCAUGAUCGAGUGACCGAAGAUAAUCAAGAUCAAUGCGGACAAAUAAGACAACAGCGACAAUGUCUAACCACUAAAAUUAUUCCAAUUUAUCAAACUGUUUUGCAUUAUACAGACAAUAACAAUUAUCUUAAAGAUGUUGCUUGUCAAACUGAAUCAGAAACUUGCUCAAGACAAGACAAUUAUUGUCAGUACGAUUGGAAAUAUUUAGAUACUAUUACAGAAGUAUCUUCCUGUUCAAAAUUCCUUACUGAAAUAUCUUCUAAAAAUUCUAAUAACAACAUAGAUGACAAAACAACAACUAGUGAGUUAGAACUUGUUUUCGAGGGUCAAGACCAAGAAGAUAUAUCAAUUUUCGAGGAAAUACCAGGAAUCAAAGAAUUAUCAGAUGCCACUGAUCAAAAUGAUUCAAAAUACAAUUGGGAUGUUGAUUUAAAAGCUGAAGAAACAAGAAGUUAUAAGUCAAUUUCAAAAGAAAUUACAAACAUCAUCAUUCCCAAAAUGGAAGUAUUACCAGAGGUUAAAGAUAUGUAUGAAUCCACUGAAAACGAAUGUGUUUGUUCAAAGACGGAAGAAAAUUCCGGGAAAAAAGAAUUAAGACAAGACAUAUUAAAAAAAACUUUUAAAGGAGAUCGUCGCAAAAUCGAAUUGUUUGAAACUAGUAUAAAGAAUAUUUCAAAAUCGAGGAAACAAAAAGUCCCAGAAUAUAAUUGGAAUGCCAGUCCAGAGCAGGAUGAAGCACUAGAGAAGAAAGGAGAUUCGAGUUACCAGGAACCAGCAACUGCUGAAUGUGGCUGGGUAGCCAGUCCCAAACUAUCUGAUGGUUAUAUGUAUGAUGAUUAUGACACCUUCAAAAACGAGUCUUUCAAUCAAAUAUCUGAAGACAAAACUGAGGUAGAAAAUGAUGAUUCAACAAAGGAACUUAUUUCUAAAAUGCAAAAAAUUGGUUGGACUUAUACACCACCCAAUUUCGAUACAACAAAGCAUAACGAUUCGAACACAAGUGCUACGAGUAAAGAGUUUAAUGGAGAUAAUUAUUCGAAAGAGUGUAUUGUACACAAGGAUGAAGAAGACAAAUCCUCCACAAAAAGUCUGAAAAGUUUUAUGAGCGCAAAGAAGGUUACUAUGACGAAUAUGUUUAAAAGAAUUAAAGAUAGUUCAAAUCUUUCAAACUAUACUACCAAGAUUAAAUACAAGAGGCUAUCUGUUUGUGGCUCAACUUUACUAUGAUUUUGUUUAUAGAUAAAAAAACAUAUUAUAUUAUUUUUGUGUCCAAAUAUUUAAACCUUGACUACAAUAAACUUUACACGAAUGCCAAACAACGAGAGACUUCAGUAUGUAAAGAAGUAAGAAGUUGUCAGAUAUUUAUUUUUGUAUAAUCAAUUAUUAUAUUUUUAUUUAACA